AUUCCUACGUCUCCUCAUCUCGUGCUCCCAGAGAAGUGUGACAGACACUCUUUCAGCUGUUAUCAAUGCUCUGACACUAGCUCUGACACUUGUGUACAGAAGACAUGCUCCGAUGGAUUAUCCAGCUGCUUCGCUGCAACAGCAUAUGUUGGUGAAGUUAGAAUUGUAGUUAAAAGUUGUUCUUUAUCAAAUGGCUGUCCAAGUGGGUCUGUCAACCUUGGCAACAUAAAGGCCUCUUCUUCCUGCUGUAACACAGAUCUGUGUAACACCCAAGAUGCUCCAGAUCCCAACUACAACAGUCCCAAUGGAAAGACGUGUUACUAUUGUGAUGGGCAGAACUGCUCAAAUAUAUUGAACUGUUCAGGGAGUGAAGACCGCUGCAUUACAGAAACAGGGACUUUAGGUGGCCAGUUGCUGGUUUACAAAGGCUGUGUCUCCAAAUCUAUUUGUGAUGCCACAACAUUUAUUCCUGUUAUUCCUGUUUCGAACUUCACAUGCUGUGAGGGGAACCUGUGUAACGGUGUUCAGAGCAUCACUCAGAGUGCUAACGGUGCUCAGAGCGUCACUCAGAGCUUCCUGUUCCUCUGCUGUUCUCUGCUCUCCUUCAUCCUGAUGCACUGAAUCCAGCAGCUCUUCACAGUCUACAAUCAGACACAACGUACUGAAUAUACGUCUUAAGUUUUUUCUUUACUAUAUUUGACAUGUGGUGAUGAGUUUAAAAAUAUUAACGAAAUCUGAUUAAGAAAAAUAUAGAAAAAAAUAUAUACAGUUUUAUGAAUUAAAAUAUAACAAUCACCUUUACACUUUUUGGGUUUAUUUUCAAUAAAGCUUACAAUGCAUGCAUAAGACAUUAAAUGUAUUAAUUCUUCUACUGUUAAUCAGAGGACAUUAUUAUCUAUUACAUAUAGUCAGAGGAGUACAUUAAUUUGAAAAUAACUGAACUACUAAAAAUGUAUCUGACCAAUGUUUUAAUUGUCAAUCUCUAGAGAGCAGGGUCAACAAUAGCUGAUAUAAUGCUGUUAUUUACAACAUAACAUUUUACUGGAUACAUAAAGUUUGAUGACAAACAUUGAUACUGGCUUGUUUGGAAAUUUACGUAAUUUUUAAAAGCUUGAAGUUUUACUCAGAAAUACAAAAAAGGCAAUCAAACCAUAUUAGUCUUCUUCAGACCGCUAAGAAAUCACAAAAACUAUCAGACCUUUACAAAACCACUAAUGCCGGGUUUACACCAAAUGAUUUUAGUCAAGUUUUUCACUCGUCAACAGUUUUGUAGAAAUCUCUAACAAAUGCCCAAUAUCAGAGCCAAAUCGGUGCUCCUUAAACGUGAGUAACAAUCAGUCACGUGGUGUGUGUGUGUUAUCAAAUAUGUGAUCUGAGAGAAGUGCAAUGCCCAUGAGAUAUUUGGCAUGCUAAAUAUCUGGACCUGUCGACGACUCUCAGUCCUGCAGUGUGAAAUGUGUUUUAGUAAAUUGUUAACAUGUUGUUAGAAUGUUUCUAGCAUGAUUUAACAGAUUCUUAACAUGUUUUAAGUUGCUAGCAUGUUUUAACAAGUAUGCUAGCAAGUUAACAUUUUUAGCAUGUUGCUUGCCUGUUUUGACAUGUUAUAUAACUUCUAACAUGUUAUAACAUAAUAUUGACAUGCUUUUAAUGUGUUUUAGUAAAUUGUUAGCAUGUUCUGUCGGCAUUAACCUCCGUGCCGACAUGUAGCGCCGUUGCGCUUCGGGCAUUUAUUACAUUAUAGUGCUUUUCUAGGCACUCAAAGUGCUUUACAUUGUGAGGUGGCAUUAUAUUCAGGGCCGUGUUAUCCUAAUGGGCCUAAUGGGAAUUGACAGCCUAUCUGCUAAUGUUCAACAUGUUUUACAUUAAACAAUACUUGUGGAUUGAACUAUUUUUAGAGUUUACCACGGAAAAAAAGCUGACUUUUUGCGACAGGUGGGAUUCAGCUUAUGGCACUUCUCAUUCAUUCCUACGGUGUCCGUAAAUGGCGAUUGAGUGUCGCACAACUCUGACUGAAAUUCAAUGACGUCAAGGCUGUAAUGUGAUUGGUUAUUACGGCACACGUGAUCCAAGUUAGCCGUUACGCUUUCUCCAAUAGUAAGUAGACUAAUAGAGACCCUCUUAUCUCCCAAUAGAGUGGGGGAACUAUGACGUCACUUUGUAGGCGGAUCGGCUGUUAGCAUGAAACUGGUUCCUCGACAAAAAGCCAAUGGGAUUUUUCCAUAGGCUUUUGGAUUAUCGCAAAAAAUAAGCUCUGUGUUCAAUCAUAGUUCAUGAAACUUACAAGUUUUGUCCAUCAAUAUAAUCUUCACAAAAUAAUAGAACUUUGACGAAUUUUGAAGCCUAAAUAAAAGCGCCAGAACUACAAAUCUAAACUUAGGCUAUAAACGAACUACAGCACCACGGUCGCUCGCCUUCAACGUCACCACCAGACCGCUUCUGACAACUUUUUCAAACUUAUUUUUAACACUUUCAGUGAAAAGGAUUUACUCUGUAUAUGAAUUUUAAUCCACGCUACAUGAACCGUUUCAUAUAAACUGGAAUAAAUACAAAACUUUUAGAGCCAAACUAAAACUGAAAUUAGUAAUAAAUGGUAUAGUGAAUAAAUUAAAUAAUCUUAACUAAAGGACAUUUAAAGCACGUAGUUCUGUACAUUUCGAAAUAAGGUGCAUUAAAAGUAUUUAAUGUAAUAUGUAAUAUUUUAAUUAAAAACAUAUCCCCGCGUAUUUAAUCUUUUAAAUAACAGCAGAUUGAGCGAGUUUUUGGAUAUGGUUAUUUUAGUGAACAAAGUACCACAUUUCAGCUAUCAUUUUGUUAGGGUGGAUACACAAAAUGUUAUUUUAUCCUUGCUUCUAGGAAAUCCUCAAUCUAUAUGCUUUCUAACAGCUUCAUGUUGCCCUAAAUAUUUCACUUUAACGUGGCUUUAAGCACUAUGCAUCAUUAAAGUUUCACUUUCACCACGUAAAGCCGGUAAAUGUGGUGUUUACAUGUAAUAAUCGUAAUAUGAGUUUACCUUAUAGUUCUAACCCAGAGUCUGUAUCAGUAGGAAAGCGAUAAAACGAGCUUCUUCCAUCCGAAGACAUGUGUCGCAUUUCGGGGCAAAGCAAAAAAAAUUGUCGAACAACAAUAUAAAAUGCGGGAAACUAUUCAUGGGUUAUUCUAAAAUUAAUUGUAUUAAAAAUUAUACUACAACUGGAAAAUACUGUAAAUUGAUAAACUGUUCGGCGUGAUGACGUUUAAUGUCUCCGACAGCGCCUGUAGUCCCAUUUAGCAACUUGUUAGCAACCGUCUUUUUUAAGCGAUGUAACAGCUUAAAAAAAUCACGAGUGUGGUGUAACUGGUGUGUUUUAUGUCGUAGAAUAAAACGUGAAAGUACCUUGAGCCUUGUGUGAACCACGGAGCUUAUUAAGGGAUUUAACCAAAAUCCCAUUAAAAAAACCCAUUGACUCUGGGACGAUGGAACUGGAACAUAGUGACAUAGUUCCCCCACUCUAUAGACCAAUUUCUUGUAGACGUCACAGUUACGUCACUCGCAGCUGCGUGCAC